CGUGGUGCAUUGUUAACAGGUUGAUAUGAUCUCCUCCCUCCCCUCAGGCUGUCUGCAGGUUUUCACUGAAGAGGCGUAGUGUGUGAGUCUCAGCUCUAUGCUAUAAGAAGCUUAGAGAGAGACAGGCGUCUCUGCCUCUUCAUCUUUCCUUCACGCUAUCGCCACCUGAUUUCAUCCACACCUCUUCAUUGUCAUCUGUGUGAACAGAGUAUGACGCAGCCUCCGGCGCUCGUACAGCCUUCACACAGAUAAUGAGAAUCAGCAGAAGAGCCUUCAGAUACACUCAGCACCUCGGACACAUGGAGAACACGACACAUGCUGGGAAUAGAUAAGCGUGGUCCUCAUAUCACUCUGUCUCCCACGUUGACCGACCCUCUUCUCCACAGGACUCCCGCAGUGCUCUCAAAGGGGCAAUGCCAGUCUUGCUAAAUGCUGAUGCCUCCUUCAGCUCCAUGCAGGAGCUCCUGGACCUACAAGAGUCCCCUGCUAAUGGAGGUCUGUCUCUAAGUACCCCUAGUCCUGUGGACCCCCACAUAGGCAGCCCAAUAGGCUUGGGUCCCACAAGCCCCAGCAGCCUCAGAGGUGAUGGCCCUCAUAUUUAUACUGUGGCUUCCACACUCCCUGACCAGUUAUAUGGGGAAAAAGCAAAACUCAGUGCAGAGACUCUUAAAGGAUCAAGACUACACUCUGCUGACUCGGAUGAGUUUUAUGGCUGGGGGACUCUAAAACCCAAAGCUCUUCAGUUUUUCAACACUCCUCGCUGGGUGCUGUUCUUUCUUUGUGUGAACGCUUUCCUUCAGGGCCUGAUUGUCUCUGGCCUGAGUAGCACUGUGGUCACUACCAUUGAGAGGCGCUUUGACCUGAGCAGCCACGACGCGGGCCUCAUCGUCAGCUGCUACGACAUCGCCUGCUGCGUCUGCCUGGCCUUCGUCACGUACUUUGGCGGGACAGGGCACAAGCCUCGCUGGCUGGGAUGGGGGUUGCUGAUCAUGGCUGUGGGUUCCAUAAUGUUCAUCUUGCCUCACUUCACCACACCUCCCUACCAGGUCAGUCAGCCCGAGCGAACAGGACUGUGCUCGGCCAACAGUACCAGCCCGUCCCAGGAGACGAAGGGAGGGGGAUUGUCCAGUUAUCGCUUUGUGUUCAUGCUGAGCCAGUUUCUACUUGGUGUGGGAGGUACACCUCUCUACACAUUAGGGGUCACAUACCUCGAUGAGAAUGUCCAGUCCAGCUAUGCGCCUGUGUAUUUAGGAAUCUUCUACACUGCCAGCAUCGUGGGUCCGGCUGCAGGCUACAUGCUGGGAGGAUACACUCUCAGCAUCUUUACACAUACCAACGUCGUGACACAGGUAACUCCGGAGGACCCACUGUGGGUCGGUGCCUGGUGGAUUGGCUUCCUUGCAGCAGGAGCAGCAACUGCACUCGUAGCAUUCCCCAUUCUGGGUUUCCCACAACAGCUACCAGGCUCGCAGGAGCACCUGGCCAUGCGGGUGUCUGAGGCCCACCAGCUUAAACAUGGAAGCCAUGCCACAGCCUUAGACCCACAGUUUGGGAAAACUCUCAAAGAUAUGCCAAGAUCAGUGCUGCUGCUCUUAAGGAACCCCACUUUCCUCUUCCUGUGUUUGGCUUCGGCGACUGAAGCUACGAUUGCCAGUGGAAUAACAACCUUUAGUCCAAAGAUCUUUCAGUCGCAGUUCAGUCUCAGCGCAUCAAAAGCUGCUACACUGUUUGGAAUCAUCGUGAUACCAGCAGGAUGUAGUGGCACCUUUCUGGGAGGCUACAUUGUGAAAAGACUGAACCUUCGCUGUCGGGGAAUCAUCAACUUCUGCAUGACAUGUACACUAUGUUGUUUGCUCCUCACCUUCCCGUUACUCAUCCACUGCCCCACUGUAGCGGUGGCAGGUGUCACGGUGUCAUACCAGUCCAGUGUGAUGGAUCAACGGCAGCUGGACGAGUAUGAACAUCUGUCUGACAAACCCAGCAGGAUGCAGCUCAAAAACAGUUCUUCUCCUGUGUGGCACAACUUGACGGUGGGCUGCAAUGCACGGUGUGAUUGUGCCAGAGAGCUGUAUAACCCCGUGUGUGGAGAAGACGGUGUGAUGUAUUACUCCCCGUGCUAUGCUGGCUGCUCCUCCAUCAACCAAACCCAAUCCUCCACCAGCAAACAGGUUUACUCAGACUGUAGCUGUUUGCUGGGUAAUAGAUCCGGGGGCGAGGAAGGUUAUGCCCUGGCGGGGAUGUGUGACAUCUCCUGCAACAUCCAGCCAGUCUUCAUCUCCUUCUUUUUCCUCUCUGCCAUGUUUGCGCUCCUGUGUAGCAUCCCAACAGUCAUCGCAACACUCAGGUGUGUGCCAGACAGCCAGAAGUCCUUUGCACUUGGUAUCCAGUCAAUAUUAUUUCGCCUGCUUGGUACUAUUCCAGGACCCAUCGCUUUUGGCUCUCUAAUUGACAAGUCCUGCAUCCUCUGGCAGGAUCACAGCAGUGAGCUUGGCUCCUGUUAUCUCUAUGAGAACUCAGCCAUGAGCCGGCGCUGUUUCACAGCUUCCAUCAUAGUUAGGAUUUUUUCAAUAGCCUUUUACAUGUUAGCCAGCAUCCUGUACAGACCUCCUCCCGAGGUGCCUCAAACCAGCGGCUGUGAGACUCCUGACCACGCAGCAGGAGACACGAGCGACCUGCCCGUCAAAGAUCUGCCGGACGAUGGCGUCAUUGUCAACCCACAUGCCAAAUGACUGAUUGUGUGUGUGUGUGUGUGUGUGUGCAGGUGGGUGUGGUGAUAAAGAUGCUGAGUCACACACGUACAGGCAAACUGAAACGCACUGACCGUCUUAAACAGUUUGAACAUGCUGCUGUGUGUGUGUGUGUGUGCGCGCGCGUGUGUGUGUGUGUGUGUGACUUUGACACACAAUUUUCUACACAUAAUUCAAAACAAUGUGAAAUCACUAUAGACUUUAUAUUUUAAAAACCCUGAUGAUGAUGAUGAGACCCCACUGUACUGUAUAUGGUGUAUGCGUAUGACAUGAUGUCAGUUACAGAUGAAGCCAUGGUCUAAUGCACUGAACCAGACUUCCACUAUCACUAAUAAUGAAGCCAAAUCAUUUUCAUGUCACAGAAUUUAAUAUUGUAAGCCAAGCACAAAUGUACUGCAUUUUCAAAUAACAAAGCACAUGUGUCAUUAUGAUAGCUACUUGAAUACUGAUUUAAAUGUUUAUGACAUUUUGCUGUAUUUAGAAUUGUAUCAUAUAUAUAAUUCGAGUUUUAAGUCAAAGGGUAACACUCACAACCACAUGAAACACUUUCAAAUUAAACACUCUACAAACACAA